GAAAGGAGGAGGAACCGAUGGUGAAAUAAUAAUAUAUUUUAUAAUGAAGAAAGAAUAAAAGUUGAAAAAUAAAAAGAUGCGAGCACAGACGGUGAUGACACAGUGGUGCACAAGAGCAGCAGCGUGUGGGCAAUUGAGGAUGAGCACUAACACUAACACUCCCAAACACGACGAUAUCGACGCCAUUUUCAAACAAAAGCGCUUACUUCGAACGCAGGUCAGAAAAACCCUCAAGUCCAUCGAUCCCUCCCUCAAAUCCCACCAAGAUAACACCGUUCAAGACAUAGUUUUGGGAGCUCCGUGGUUCAGAUCCAGUCGCAGGUUGUGCGCGUACAUAAGCUGCGCUGCUCUUCGCGAAGUCGACACUUCAAAAAUCUUGUCACAGAUUUUGCAACAUAAUAGUACUACUGAUGGAAAAAAACUUUAUGUGCCACGCGUGGAGGAUAAGAAUAGUCACAUGCGUAUGCUUCACAUAUCGCGAAUUGAUGAUCUCAUUGCAAACUCAAUGGACAUACUAGAGCCUACUCCGGUUGAUGCUGAUGGAAAUGCGCGUGAAGAUGUUAUGCAGGCAAAUGAUCCAGUUGAUUUGUUCCUUUUACCUGGACUGGCAUUUGACAGAUCUGGAAGACGUUUAGGUCGUGGUGGAGGUUACUAUGAUACCUUCCUGAAGAAUUACCAAGACCUUGCAAAGACGCGUAAUUGGAAGCAACCCUUGCUUGUUGCACUGUCAUAUUCUGAACAAAUACUGGAUGAAGGAGUAAUACCAAUGACUUCAUCUGAUCUUCCAGUUGAUGCUCUGGUAUCUCCAGAAGGUGUGAUUCCCAUCAGUACAACUGCCUUAAACAGCAUGGAUCUCUGACACUGGCAGUGGACUUCACAGCUGAUCCUGAACACUUACAAUAGUGUAUCUUCAAUAAAAUUUUGUGGUUUCCAUUAGUGUACAGCACUAAAGGAUUUGGAUCUGGGGUUUUGUGUAACAAGUAAAGGUUAACCAAUUCAUCAAGUGACACUGGACUGCCUUGAAUGAUUGCGUCCACCAUCCUUGACCGAUUGGAUGUUUUGAUACUCAAAUCAUUCAUCUUAAGUACAGUAUGCUUUCUGUAAUGUUUGAACUGUGUGAAGUUUGAAGUUAAACUUUCCUAAAGCACAUGUGUUUCAGCAAGAAUGACUAUGCUUUAACUUCUUGUACGGUUAUACUUUUUAGUGUUUAUUGGGCUAGCGAGAUUUCCUGAAUGUCACGUUUCUUGGUUCAAAACCUCGAAUAUAUCUUGUUUGCCUGAAGAGUCUCAUCAUCCCAUAAUGAAAGGGCAGGGGGAGUUAAAUGCCAUUUCAGAGCUAGGUGUGUGUGGAAAAAUUUGGACAUUUAAUAGGUGUGAUGUAUAAUUUGUAAUGUGUGGAAAUUGAACUUUAUUGGAGUUGACCAACGAUUCACCAGCAAAUGAGUUGAGAAUUACCUUACCCAUACGCCGUUUAUAUUUGGGAAAGGUGUGUUAGUUGAAUUUUUAGUCAGUGUGCUCUAAUUGUACGAUAAUUAUCUUACGGACUGGGGAUUAGUUAUAGGUACUGUGGUGAGAAACUUUUAUCCACGCUAUUCUAUGGAUCAUUUUUUCUUAA